UAUUCUUACGGAUCACUUAGCAUUUGACUAGAAGGUAUGAAUCUCUAAGUAAGCACAUACAGAACUGGAUGCCCUUCUGGUGCAUCUCAAGGCUGAUUGGAAAGUUUGAGAGACCAUUGAGAAUUGGAUUUUGGGAAGAUCAUGUAGGAGAAUAUUAACCCUGCAGAUUGUGUUGAUGAUGCGUCUGUGGAUUAUUCUAAAGCCUAGAACACACCUCCUAUGCAUGACUAAUAUGCCCUGCACAAGACAUGAAGGCACAGAGAGUACUGUCUUUCUUCCUCAUUCUCACAUCACCUCUGAGUGGAUUUCAAGAAGAUUAAGCCUUCUGGAUGAAGGAAUUUAUACCUGCUAUGUAGGAACAAAAAUUCAAAGCAUUACAAACAAGGUAGUGCUAAAGGUGGGAGUUUUUCUCACACCCGUGAUGAAGUACGAAAAGAAGAACACAAACAGCUUCUUAAUAUGCAGUGUGUUAAGUGUUUAUCCUCAUCCAAUUAUCACGUGGAAAAUGGACAACACACCUAUCCCUGAAAACAACAUGGAAGAAACAGGGUCUUUGGGCUCUUUUUCUAUUAACAGCAUACUGAAUGUUACAGGAUCACAUUCAUCUUAUGAAUGUACAAUCGAAAAUUCACUGCUGAACCAAACAUGGACAGGGCGCUGGACAAUGAAAGAUGGCCUUCAUAAAACACAAAGUGAAAACGUUUCACUCCCAUGUCAACUUGUAAAUGAUUAUUUUUCACCAAACCAAGACUUCAAAGUUACUUGGUCCAGAGUGGAAAAUGGGACUUUCUCUGUCCUUGCUUGCUAUCUGAGCUCCUCACAGAAUACAACUAUCAGUGAACCCCGAUUCUCAUGGAAUGAAGAGCUGAUAAACCAGGGUGACUUCUCUAUGAAUUUGAUGCAUCUUCAUCUUUCAGACAGUGGGGAAUAUUUAUGCAAUAUUUCUUCAGACGAAUAUACUUUACUCACCAUCCACACAGUGCAUGUAGAAUCAAGCCAAGAAACCGCUUCCUGUGACAGAAGUUUACAGAUUUUGGUGUACUGUCUGAUUCUGGCAGUUCCUGUAGCUCUUCUGAGUUUGGCUGCUCUUCGGAUUUAUCUGGUAAAACGUUGCAGAGGUAAUAUCUCAGGAAGAAUUUGA